GUAACUUACUCCGAAACCUUGCAAACUUCCCUACUCUGAGCGCAAAUGCGCCCAGAGUCGAUUCCAGACGACAUUUUCAUUGCGUUUGGCACAUUAUUAACUAUUGAUGACACAUUCUCCAUAAGAAAGUGUGGUUCAAGGCAUCUCUAUUGGAUGUCGCUUUCAAAGGUAUUCUGGAUUGCAUGGAUAUAUGAUAACAUAGUCAAAGCAGGCCUCUGGAUGCCACAAUACCUCAGUGGGCUCCGUGCCUCACCAAGAACUGUUCUGGAGCGCCUCGCUGUCCGGACCUUCCGUGGCUUGCGCAAUCGGUGGCCUUCACGCCCACGGUGUAUCAAGAAUAUUCAAUGCAAUGCCAAUUCCAUCACAUGGGUCUCUCUCUACGGAGGCCGUUGGCUCUUCCUCGCAUCUUCGGGGGGAACGUUAGAGCUCUGGGAUACCCACCAUGACCUGCGUCGUCAGCCACUUGAUCUUGAUUCUGCCGGUGGAUGGGUGUGCUCGGGACUCGUUCAUCCUUCCCAAACCGACACCGACAAGCCUCUACUUAUUCUCUCGUACAGCAAUUGCAGGUCCCAGCUGCUAGAAUGUGCAUUAGGCAAUCACUCGACGCUCACUCAUUUGAUGGCAUACGAAGCUGUCUCUGAACCACUUGCGGCACACAAUGACUUCAUUUUGUUUGCUACCUCGCUUCUACCAGAGACACUAACGCUUGCGAGAAUGGAUGGUGCAACCUAUACUCUCAAUUCUCAAGAAGCAUAUAUGCAGGUCCAGAAUUGGACGCGGUUUGCAUCCCUCUGCGAAACCGGUUCCACUGCUAGGCAGGACUCCAGCAUCUAUGGCUUCGUAACAUUUUCCACUGCGAAAGAUGGCAAUGCUGUAGAUGUCGAUAUCACUCGUGAGCUCUAACGUUGUGGCCAAUAGUUUAAUCGUCCGGAAGAUUCCCAUGCAAUCCUGCCCUCGCAUCUAAGUUGGGUCUAAUGCCAAGUCGACACUGGGUGCUUUCGUUCCCGCAAAAUAAGUCACCGGACCGGACCCCAUCUCUCUCUCACCUAACGACAAUGCAAAUCAUGGGCAGGUCUUUCCUGUAGUCAUCAUUGUCGCGAAAUCCAGUGGUGCAUUCCAUUCGAACUACAAAAGAGUAACUCGGCUUGUGAACAGGCCGCAAUGUGCCGCUAGCUGCCAUAAGUUGUUACACGUGAUAUUUACACGGUCCCUUAACUCAUUCCCACAGCUAAUAAUAGCUUGAGCUGUGCAACUUAUUACAUAUGCCAGAAGUUGCGGAUAAAGUUCGGA